AUGGACCACUCCACGGAAAUUAUACUCACCAUAGCCGGCAUCGCCCUGGUGCACGGAUUAAUAUUCUAUUUCCUCACGCGGAAAUCUCGUCUGAUCAAGGGAAAACAUGUGGUCGUCACGGGUGGCUCCAGCGGGAUUGGCCUUUGGGCUGCGAUUGAGUGUGUCCGAUUAGGGGCACACGUUACCAUAAUUGCACGCAACGUACCCAUGCUAGAGAAAGCCAAAGAAGAGCUGGAAAAAAGGCGUGUGCGCGAUUCGCAAAAGAUUCAGUUCCGCUCAUUGGAUUUGUCUCGAAGCUACGAUGCGGUGGCAGCAGCCCUGGAAUCAGUGGAACAAUCCGUAGGUCCAAUCUACAUGCUGGUCAACUGCGCCGGCAUGGCCAUCUGCGGCAGCGUGGAGGACACGUCGAUCGAGGACGCUCAUCGGCUGAUGGAUGUGAAUUACUUUGCCACCUUCUACCCGACCCGGCACAUUCUGCCGAAGAUGAAACAGGCCGGUGACGGAAUUAUCGUCAUCACGGCGUCCCAAGCGGCGCUAAUGGGAAUUUACGGCUACGGAGCGUACGCUGCAUCCAAGUUCGCACUGCGUGGGUUAGCCGAAACGAUCGCUAUGGAAGCGCGCCAUCGUGGUGUUAGUGUGACGCUGGCCCUUCCGGCCGACACGGAUACGCCUGGGUUUGAAAACGAGAACCGCACAAAGCCGGAAGAAACGAAAAUCAUUUCCGGAUCGGGCGGGCUGGCCAAACCGGAGCACGUUGGCAAGCGGAUCGUGCAGGAUGCGCUCAAGGGGUCCUUCUUCUCGAUUAUGGGACUCGAGAGUUGGGUGCUGAGUAUCCUGUGCGUCGGUAUGGCACCAUGGCGUGGACCAUUGCUUUGUUUCAUGCAGUUCUACCUGCUGGGGCCACUGCGGUUGAUUGGAUUGGGGCUGCAAUGGAACUUUCAACGGAUCAUAAAAAACUGUGCUAAACAGCGCCAGCGGACAUAAGCAGAUCGAAGGGAUCCGGCGGAUCUGCCAUCCGCUUUGAGUAAACGAUCGGUCUAUACAACAGAAACCACCAGCAAGUUUUAGUGCACGCACACGACAAAUCUAUCAUUCGCAACAAUCAUCUAUUGUAUUCCAAAGUGAAGUAUAUGUUUCUUCCGUAGAUAAUGA